AUGGGUGGGCUGCUGGGGAAGCUCAAGAACAUGGUGGCGGUAACGACUACGGUGGUUAAACUGAUCCCUAAAGUGACAGUUACUGACCUUGAUCUCAAAGGAUUAACGUUCGAGCACGUUGAAUACCUUGCUAAGCUCACCAUAGACAAUCCUUACCCAGUCUCAAUCCCCGUCACGGAGAUCGCCUAUCACUUCAAGAGCGAUGGAAGGGUUAUUGUGCAUGUGGCGAUUCCGGAUCCAGGAAGCCUGAAAGCCCACGGCAAGACGGAUUUGGAUGUGAUAGUGAAAGUGCCACACAAUGCAUUAAGAAGCCUGGUGACCGACGUUUCGAAAGAUUGGGAUAUCGACUAUGAGUUGGAGCUGAAACUUAUUAUUGAUCUUCCUGUAUUUGGCAAUAUCCACAUCCCUCUAACCAACAAGGGCGAGGUCAAGCUCCCUAAGCUCUCUGAUGUCAUCUUUUCUAAGAAGAGAUAA